UCAGCUGUUUGCUGGGUGUGUGUAUUGUCCGGUGCUUCCAGCAUGUCCGGCCGUGGAAAACAGGGAGGCAAAGUCCGUGCCAAGGCCAAGUCGCGCUCCUCGCGAGCCGGGCUGCAGUUCCCUGUUGGUCGUGUUCAUCGUCUGCUCCGUAAAGGUAAUUACGCGGAGCGGGUGGGGGCCGGAGCUCCUGUCUACAUGGCGGCCGUGCUGGAGUACCUGACGGCCGAGAUCCUGGAGCUGGCGGGCAACGCGGCCCGCGACAACAAGAAGACGCGCAUCAUCCCCCGCCACCUGCAGCUCGCCAUCCGCAACGACGAGGAGCUCAACAAGCUGCUGGGCAAGGUGACGAUCGCGCAGGGCGGCGUGCUGCCCAACAUCCAGGCCGUGCUGCUGCCCAAGAAGACUGAGAGCCAUAAAGCUAAAAGCAAGUAAACUCAGCGGGUCAAGCUGCUCAAGACUUCCGCGAUGUAACAUUUUAAACCAAAGGCUCUUUUCAGAGCCACCCACCUAGUCAGAAAAGAGUUGUGUUGCUUUUUUUGAAAAACGUUCUCUGGUGCUGAAUUUUCAAUAGCAAUAAGUUUAACUCCCAACUUGUGUUGCAGUGUUUUUUAAGGCCUGGUUUCUACAGAGAACUGGUGCAUCUGAUUGCUAACCCAUGUUUUAAAAUGAAAAUUAAUAUUUCUGUA